AUGCCGACGCAUCCUUAUAUUUCAAUAGCAUGCUAUUUAUCAAGCGAGUUUCUUGAUGCAGUCGAUGGACAUGCUGCUCGAAUACUUGGUCAAUGUACGAAAUUUGGUGCUAUGUUCGAUAUGCUGAUUGACCGUUGUUCAACAAUGUGUCUGUGCUUCGUUUUGGCAAUGUUUUAUCCAAAAUGGACAUUUUUCUUUCAAAUCUGGACAGCUAUCGAUGUUGCUAGUCAUUGGCUUCAUUUACAUGCAGCCACAGUGAAAGGGUCAGUUAGUCACAAGAAAAUCGAUCUUUCUGGUAAUCCGAUUCUGCGACUUUAUUACACGUCACGUAAAGUGCUUUUUGUCAUGUGUGCUGGUAAUGAACUUUGGUUCUCAAUGGUGUACAUUCUUCAUUUUAAUGAAGGCCCUACAGUUGUUUCCUGUGGAGGUUAUACUGUUGGUCUUUGGCGCAUUAUUCUUUACGUUGUCACGCCAAUUAUGGUUCUAAAGCAGAUUAUCAGUUUGAUCCAUCUCUAUACAGCUGCACUAGAUAUGGCUGCCAUCGAUGGAACUGAACGAGGAAAUAGAAUCAAAAAUAAAUAA